AUGGACCCUAAUAGGGCUGACACCUUAAGAAAACAGCGGACAGAGAAUGCAAAGAGACAGACAGAUCACACAAAGUUGCCGGGUGAAGCGGAGGAGGUGCGGAGACUGCGGCAGGUGCAUGACCACCUGUGUGACGUGGCCAAGCUCAUAGACGACGGGUACGGCCUCUCGAUGCUCAGCUGCCUCGCCGCGCACUUCAUCAACUGUAUAAUCUCUCUCAACCUUUGUCUCUCCAUCAAGCUACAGUACCAGGUGUUUACCCGAGAUAAAAUGGACUCCAUGGUAUACGUUUCAGUAAUGUGGGUUGUUGUCCACAUUGGCGGCAUUCUGGCAAUCACGUGGUCCUGCAGCAAAGUCAGCAGUGAAAUCCGCCGCACUGCGGACCUGGUGAACAAGGUUCUGCUGUCGCCAAUGGACUACGGAACCACUGGCGCCAGCGUACGUCGACAGCUGAAGCUCUUCUCACUGCAGCUGCUGCACCGCCGCCUGCGUUUCACAGCGAGUGGUUUGUUCACCAUAGAUCUUUCCAACCUGUCGUCCAUGGCGACUGGUGUGGUCUCCUACCUCGUCAUAUUCGUACAGUUCAAUGACACAGAGAAGUCUGCCCAAGCUUGCAACUCCAGUUAA